UGUCUUUUUUCCACGAGAACAGGUAUCAGAUUUGAAUAACAUUGCAAACUAUUCAAUGCACUUUGUUCCCUGGCCAGCUGGCGGAACCGAAUUGUGACACAACUCACUCAGCGACACCGUUUGUAACCUAAACUGACACCAUCAUGAUUGGAUCCUGCCGGACAAAUCACACACAAAGUACUUAAGCCAUAUUGAAUUCGCCGCCACACGUCUUCCUUACUGCUCUUCUGCAUACCUAUCAUUUUGCAAGCCCCCCAAUGUCUGAAAUUCAUGGUCCGAGUCUUGAGACGUUUGUUCCAGAUGACCUUACUUUACCCCAGUUCAUCCUCGACUCUUCCCACCCAUUGAGACCCAUCCGGCCAAGUCAUGUGCCAUGGUUCAUCGAGGAUGCCGGCGGCAGAGGAAUUGGACAUGAAGAGAUCCGCGCAAGGACUUACGGACUUGCGAACGGCCUCAGUCUGCGGUUUCGUGUCAAGGAGAACGAUCUAGUGGUCAUUUUCAGCCCGAAUCACAUUGACUAUGCGACGGCCAUAUGGGCAACGCAUCGGCUAGGUGCUGUCGUGUCAUGCGCAAAUCCAGCUAGUAACACCAAAGAAUUGCUAUAUCAGCUUAAGAUGGUCAACGCGUCUUUGAUCAUCGCGCAUCCCUCUUCUUUGCAUACUGCAUUAGAUGCCGCUCAUGCUGCUGGUUUACCAUCUGAGCGCGUCAUCACUUUCGACGAGUCAAAUCAGAUGUCGGUAGACGCUCUGGUUCAGCAAGGGCUGCAGAGUGAGCCAAAUUUCGUUGAACGAAGGCUGCGGAAAGGAGAGGCAAAAACGAAGGUCGCAUUCCUCAGUUUUUCGAGUGGUACAACGGGAAAACCGAAGGCUGUUGCGAUAUCACACUUUGCUCCUAUUGUGAAUGUGAUUCAAAUGGCCGAGCACCAGAAGGUUAAUAAGAACUAUGCCCCUUUGGAAGAACAGAGGUAUCGGUCAGGGGAUGUAGUUGCAGGAGUUCUACCUUUCUUCCAUAUUUAUGGCCUGGUGGUGCUAAUUCACUUCAUGACAUUUUGUGGCAUUUCAAUUGUGGCAAUACCCAAGUUCAACUUCACAAAUUUUCUAGACAGCAUUACCAGACAUCGUAUAAACCAUCUUUUACUUGUACCGCCUCAAAUCGUGUUGUUUUGCAAGCACCCUGCUGUGAAAAAUUACAACUUGAACGGUAUCAAGCACCUGUUAUGUGGAGCUGCCCCUCUCGCCGCCCCUCUUGUUAACCAGCUAGUGAAGGUUAUGCCGAACGCGCAGAUAGGGCAAGGUUAUGGCAUGACCGAGUCCGCUGCUACUAUCACGAUGUUUUCUGUGGACGAAAAACUUGGCGUUCCUGGCAGUGCUGGGCGUUUGAUGCCUGGUGUCGUUGCCAAGGUUGUGAAAGACGAUGGAACCCUAGCAAGAUUCAACGAACAAGGUGAACUUCAGGUCAAAAUCCCAUCUGUAGCGCUAGGAUAUUUGAAUAAUGAUGAAGCCACGAAGGAGACCUUCGUUGAUGGUUGGUUGCGCACUGGUGAUGAAGUUAUUAUACGCGAGGAUCAUGAGCUGUUCAUCGUUGAUCGCCUAAAGGAAAUCAUGAAAGUCAAAGGAUUUCAAGUCGCUCCUGCAGAGUUGGAGGGCUGUCUUCUUGAUCAUCCUGAUGUUUCAGACACGUGUGUAGUGCCAAUUCCCGAUAGCUACAGCGGGGAGCUUCCGAUGGCGUUUGUGGUACUUCAUCCUAACGCAGUCAAGAGGAUCGCCUUGGAUUCUGCUGAAGUCGGGAGGGUUAAAGCAUCCAUUACGAAGCAUGUGGCGGACAACAAGAUCGCAUAUAAACAUCUUGCUGGCGGGGUGGAGUUUUUGGAUGCAAUUCCCAAAAAUCCAAGUGGGAAACUGCUGCGUCGAGUGCUGCGAGAUCAGGCGCGUGACUUGGUACAACUGAAGUCGAAGCUAUGAUUGAAUUGCUACAUCGCUCAUUGGUGUUCUAAAUAC